AUGGCUGCUACAGUAUAUGCUACCGGAUUCAAAGAUGGUCUAGGCCAUUCUUCUUCAUUCAUGGCAGGUGAAGACUACACCGCCCUGGCCGGAGCGGUUCCAACUCAGGUUCGGGUGGCGCGGCCGGUGCGACCAAGGCCAAUGAUGAAGAAUGUGAAUGAAGGGAAGGGCCUUUUUGCUCCAAUUGUUGUUGUCACGCGUAACGUUAUAGGGAAGAAGACAUUCAACCAGCUGAGAGGCAAAGCUAUUGCUCUACACUCACAGGUAAUCAACAGUAAAAACUGUUAUUUUAUAUUCUUGGCCUCGAUUUUUUUAUCGACAGUCGUCGAUGUUUAG